GUUCAACGUUCAACUUGUUGAUGCGUACUACUACUAGUACAUAAGACGCGUUAGCGGAGAUUCACGUCGUUCUUGUAUCACGGCUCAUACUCACCUCGCCACACCUCAUUCCCCUACAUCCUUCACAUCCUCUGCAAGCGUUUCCAUGCCUGCUGCUCGUCGUACUUCUCUCAGGGCAUCCAGGCCUGCGCCACAACCAUUGCCUCGGCCUUCGUCCGCCUCGAGGUCCCAUUCCACCACACGUCAAGCUCAGCGUGACAAGGUCUUGUCUGACCAGCUCAUUCGAUACGGGUGUCUAUGGGAAGAACAUGCUCAUCACAUCCGCACCAAAGAAAAGACGGAGGAAGGGCUUACAUCGACUCACGCGCGUGCUUCGGAUCGCUGGGCCAACGACCCAGAGUUCUCGCGGGGACGUGGUCCUACAAAAAAUUACGCAGAGGAGAAAGGCGGCUAUGUUGAGUACAUCGAGGGGAUAAUAAGGGCGCGUACUAAGCCCAUUACGGAGAUGUCAGUUGAAGACCAUUGCAUCAUCUCGUUUGCCGCAAUCAGCGCAUACAAUGUUAUCUUUUGCAACGAGCUGUCUGGGGAUCUAGAGCGGAUUGGCAGGCUCAAACCUAACAUCUCGAAGAAUCUUUUCCAGUGUGCUCAGGCGUAUCAGAACUCUGAACCUGACUUUCUCAAUCACCCUGCACGCUCAAAACGUCCGCAGACGAGAAAGAUUGAAGCAGAAAUCCGUGGCGUUGCUCAACUCGGAAACACCUUCAAGUAUAAGACCUCUGCGAUGCGCAAGCCCCGCUCCUGCAUCGUCACGUUGGUCGCGACAGGACUGGAGAGCACACAUUAUACGAUCAAACAUCUCACUGCGAAAGAUCCGGAUGGUGUGCGGGCCCAACCGGUGACGUUGUCUGAGGACGAUUUCCGACAGAUCUGGGAUGCUCGCGUACGAGACUAGGGGGUCGUUUGAAUGUGCAGUCUCAGGUUGCUAUGUGUAAUGUUUUCUAGUCCUGCUGCUGUGCUGUCUCGCUAUGGCGUCCCCAUCGAACUUGUGAUGUGUUGUCCUCGUUUGUUCGCCUGUUGAGUAUACCCCAGAGUACAAGGUACACAUUGUAUCGUUGCGUUAAAGACCUUGUCGGACGACCACACAGUCACCGUC